GCGAGUGAGUAUGAAAUGAGCAGAGAGGAUUUGUUUACAACAUUUUCUUCAGAACGGGGAUUGUUUUGAGUGUUUACAUCAGGAUGUCUUUGCUGAAGCCCUUUAGUAAGCUGCCUGGUUUGAACGCAGCGAACAUCCUGCUGGUGGAGAGUGAGGAGCAGUUUCAGCAGAGUUUAGCAGACGGUCUGGUGGAGGAGACCGCCGUCACUGUGAAUGUGAGACUAGCUAAGACUCUGCCUCUGCCCAAGGAGAAUGAGGAUAGCCGACCGAGGAUAGACCUGGUCGUGUUUAUCAUCAACCUGACCUCAGAGCUCAGUUUCCAGUCAGCAGAAGCUUCCCUGAAAUAUUUGGACCCUGGAUAUUUCCUUGGAAAAGUCUGCUUCAUGGUUACUAAUGCUCGUAACGCGUCGGUGCCGACCGAGCGGCUGGACGCUGUCAGGAAGCUGGCUGCAGCGCUGCACUGCCCCUUGCUGUUUGCAGAGGAUCAGACACCAGACGGAGUGACCAACGCUACAAAGCGGCUGCUGAGCAUCCUGAAGGUGUCGGCUGGUCUUGUUCCCAUGGCUACCGCUCUCUACCUGUCCAGCCUGACGAGCUGCACCGUCCCCCCCGACAUCGACCAGCCAAGCUUCAAUUAGCUCCUGUUUUCUCUGGAGGGGUGUCUCUCACUUUUUUGUUUGUUUCAUGUAUAUUUACACAUCAGCAUGGUUUUUUUAACCCGUUUAAUUUGACAUUCAAUGUUUCUGCUUUGGCUUAUAGCUGUGGCAGCUUCUUCUCCCUGCAAUGUUUCCCUAAAGUGCAGAUCAUCACAGCUAAAUCUUACGAUUCAUGCUGGCACACAUUACUGGGACAUUUAUAUAAAACAAAACCAUUGUUAAUGUGAUUAACACGUGAAUGUAUUACUGAGACUGUCAAAAUGCAUCUCUGCAGCCAAUGAGCAUUUUAACUUAGACUGUGUUGAACAUUAACUAUUUCAAUCAAUACAGUGACCUUUUUAACUUCAAACGGUUAUCUAAUGGACUGGCUAAUAGCUACAAUAAAAGCCUUUUUCUUUUUUGUUUAAUGGAUCUGUUAAAGACUGCACACUCAUAGUACUGGCACACUUUUUGGCAGAUUACAUCUCUUCUCUACAGUUUCCUGGCUGUGCUCCACUGUCAUUUCAGCACGGCUCCUCUUACCUUCAACCUAAACAGAGAUCUAAUCAGACAGAUUGUAAACACCUGUGUGUGUGCCGGGCUUUAUAUCCCACUGUGCUGUGGGAUCACCAAAUAUCAGUCUGCUGGUUUUUGUAUAUCAAGGCCAAUGAGAACAUGAUGCUGCACAGCUUCAUUGAAAGCAUCGUAUAUAUAAUUAUAAUACAGUACAGUAUGCUUUUUAUGUACAUAUCCUGUAAUAUAUGUGUUUUUUAUGGUUUGUAGGCUUUUGAGCCUAAAUCUAUUGCUUCCAUCAGGUAAAUAGUGAAAAUACAAGCAAUUAAAGAUCUGUUUGAACAGUAAAAGACUAGUAUUUAUCUUUAUUAUUCUGACAUUUGGUUUGAAAAGUGCUUUUAGAGCAGCUUUUUGUUUUUUAAAAAACUUUUCUUGCUCUUCACUUUCUUCAGACUCAUAUUCAAGAACAGGACAAACCCCAUUCGAUAAUUAUUCUAUUUGAAAUGUAAAUAUUGUUUUAUUACACUCUUGGAUUGUAAUUUCAAUCUUAACUAUACUACAUUUGGUGGCUCAAAAAACGAAAUGUUAAUGAUAUAAAAAAAAUGAUAUUUAAAUAUAAUAUCACUUUCCAUCAUACAUGUUAGCAGCCCACGGGGGAGGCAGCGGUGUCUCCCCCAGGGUGUGAUGAAAGGCCCUGUGCCUGGUGUCACGUCCGCAUGCAUGCCCUAACGUGCAAACACACACACACACACGCUAUUAAUAGUUGGGUUAUCAUCGUGGCAAUUAUCUAUCAAACAACAAAACAUUGUUGUUGCAUGAAGUCAGAAACUCUGAGGCACAAGGGGUCAGGAUGUGAAUGACAAUGAUAACCAAAAUAUGUUUCACCUUCUCCAUCAUAAAUAGGCAUUUGAUUGGUCAACCAAAAGAAAAGAGGUCUGGUGUAUACAUUUGUAAGAUAGUGGCUAUUUUGUCAGUUGAAGUUGCAAGGAACAAAGGGAGACGUUUCAAAUGCAGUUUGAAGUUUUGCUAUCAAAUUUGAGUGUGACAGUUUUAAGCAUAACAGACUUUAAGCCAACCCUAACCCAGUGAAUUAUACGUUAACCAUUUCACCUAUGGGUUCAAACCAUAGGUUCAAACACAUUGCAGAGAGCUAAUGAUAUGUUAAUGAGCCAUUUUUUGUUUUGUUGUUUUAUUGCCUGUCCUUGUUUGUCUACCCUUCCCCAAAUGUAAAGCGUCUUUGGGUUUAGAAAAGCGCUAUAAAAAUAAAAUGUAUUAUUAUUAUUAUUAUAAUGAGAGAAUAUUGUGUUGGGAACCAUAUAACAAUAACAAUGUUUUUUUAUUUGUUUAGCAUGUGUUUAUCAUGUUCACCAUUUCAUUUAAGUUUGUUAGCAGAAGCAACAGGGUCAUACGUUGGGUCAGGUUUCUAAGAACUGAAAGAUAAUACUGUGUGUGAGGCUCUUUGGGGACAUUGCUGUGUUAAAGUGCUUUUAAAAUAAAU